UAUUCAGGUUUCCUGUAUCUCCAAGGUCAUUUUGAACUGAGCUGUUGAACUAAGUCUUUUGGUUAAUUUAACAGAGUCCAUCAGAAGAGACCAGUUUCCCCUGUUCCCAGCUGUCUUUCAAUGAAGACUGAUAAGUCUAUGGAACCUCCCAUUUUGUUUAAAGACAGAGAUGUUCUCACUGAAGAAAGAGUCCAUCAGAAGAGACCAGUUUCCCCUGUUCCCAGCUGUCUUUCAAUGAAGACUGAUAAGUCAAUGGAACCUCCCAUUUUGUUUAAAGACAGAGAUGUUCUCACUGAAGAAAGACAAGUGUAUUCAGGUUUCCUGUAGCUCCAAGGUCAUUUUGAACUGAGCUGUUGAACUAAGCCUUUUGGUUAAUUUAACAGAGUCCAUCAGAAGAGACCAGUUUCCCCUGUUCCCAGCUGUCUGUCCAUGAAGACUGAUCGGUCUAUGGAACCUCCCAUUUUGUUUAAAGACAGAGAUGUUCUCACUGAAGAAAGACAAGUGUAUUCAGGUUUCCUGUAGCUCCAAGGUCAUUUUGAACUGAGCUGUUGAACUAAGUCUUUUGGUUAAUUUAACAGAGUCCAUCAGAAGAGACCAGUUUCCCCUGUUCCCAGCUGUCUGUCCAUGAAGACUGAUCGGUCUAUGGAACCUCCCAUUUUGUUUAAAGACAGAGAUGUUCUCACUGAAGAAAGGCAAGUGUAUUCAGGAUUCCUGUAGCUCCAAGGUUUUUUUGAACUGGACUGUAGAACUAAGUCUUCUCGUUAAUUUAACAGAGUCCAUCAGAAGAGACCAGUUUCCCCUGUUCUCAGUUGUCUUUCAAAGAAGACUGAUCAGUCUAUGGAACCUCCCAUUUUGUUUAAAGACAGAGAUGUUCUCACUGAAGAAAGGCAAGUGUAUUCAGGUUUCCUGUAGCUCCAAGGUCAUUUUGGUUAAACUGAAGAAAUCAGUUUUUCCCUGUUCACAGGUUAGGGUUAUUAGAUUAAAAUGUUACUGGUAGUCAGUAGAUAAAAUGUAGAGCACCUAAAGAAAUACAAAGGUUUUGGGUCACUUUGAAAAAUCCAGAAGUUGCCUCUUCAUUGUUGACGUGGAGGGUGGUGUUCUACCGAUACAAAUUAAUAAAGCUUUGUGAAAUCUGAGCAUUAAUAAUUUAGUAUUUACUCAUUGGAAGUCAAUGUGACUAGAUAAUGAGAACAACAGAAAUAUCUGUGUUUAGAUUAUCUCUAUGUAGGUUGCGCUCUGAUAACCACAGGAAUGUUUAUAUUGACCAUCUGGCCUGGGGGUUACUGUUUUCUGAUCUUUGCUAGGUAGACAGGUGUGUCCUCUUGCUCAGUUGUGCACCGGAGCCUCCCACGCCUCUUUCUAUUCUGGUUAGAGUCAGUUUGUGCUGUUCAAUGAAGGUAGGAGUACACAAACUUUUCAGAGAUUUUCAGUUUCAUGGAAAUUUCUCACAUGGAAUAGCCUUCAUUUCCCAGAACAAGAAUUGACUGACAAGUGUCAGAAGAAAGGUUUUUGACAAUUUGAGCUUGAAAUCGAACCCACAAAAGCUGAUGCUGUAGAUACUAAACUAGAACUGAACUAAAGAAGGCCAGUUUUAUUGCUUCUUUAUUCAGCACAACAGUUUUCAAUAUUGCUAACAUAAUCGCAAAAGGGCUUUCUAAUGAUCAAUUAAGCCUUUUAAAAGGAUUUACUUUGUGUAUUAGCAAACACAAUGUGCCAUUGGAACACAGGACUGAUGGUUGCUGAUAAUGGGUCACUGUACGCUUAUGUAGAUAUUCAAUAAAUAAUCUGCCAUUUUCAGCUACAAUAGUCAUUUACAAAAGUAACAAUGUCUAUACUAUAUUAGUGAUUAAUUUGAUGUUAUUUUAACAAAAAAAGAGCUUUUCUUUAAAAAACAAGGACAUUUCCAGGUGACCCCAAACUUUUGAAUAGUAGUCUAACAAAGACUAAUUUAUUGAAAAGGAAUUCCCAAUUUCAGACACAUAGCAAUAAUAAUACUCCAAAAGUAUUUUAAAACGGUACAUUAUCAUUUCCAUUUUUGUAUUCCAAAAUCUUUACGGAGUUGUGGAAACAAGCUUUAUUGAGGAUGUUCAUUUGUUUUGUGUAUUGAAGCUGUUCUGUGUGUUUUUUUUAAAGGUGUGUGUAUUUUAUCUGUAAGUUGAGUCAUCUUUUUUUUCGCUCAGAGACCAACAGGACAGACCAAUUUCGGAUAUACCUAGUGUUGAGGACUUGAAAGACCAUCAACAUGGCAAGACAUUUCUUGACUCUACUGAUCAUAGUACUAUGAUCUGCCAACAGAAACUAAAGUUUGAUCUGAAGAAUAGGUUUAAACUGUUUAGAGGGAUAGCUCAAACACAAAAGCCGAUACUGCUUAAUGACAUCUACACAGAGCUCUACAUCACAGAGUCUGGAAGUGGAGAGGUCAGUAAUGAACAUGAGGUGAGACAGAUUGAGAAAGCAUCCAGACGACCAGCCACACAAGCGAUGUCUAUCAAAUGUAACGACAUCUUUAAACCUUUGCCAGGACAAGACAAACCUAUCAGAACUGUGUUGACAAAGGGAGUUGCUGGCAUUGGAAAAACUGUAUCUGUGCAAAAGUUCAUUCUUGACUGGGCUGAUAAAAAUGCCAAUCAGGAUAUCCAGUUCAUAUUUCCACUUCCUUUUCGGGAAUUUAAUAUGAUGAAUGGGAAGGCCAGCUUGAUGGAUGUUCUUCAUCACUUCUUUUUGAAAACCAAAGAAUCUGGAAUUUUCAACUUUGAAGAGUUGAAAGUUCUUUUUGUUUUUGAUGGUCUGGAUGAGUGUCGACUUCCUCUCGACUUCAAGAACAACGAGAGCUGUUCUGAUGUCACAGAGUCAAUGGCAGUGGACAGGCUGCUGACAAACAUUAUCCUGGGGAAUUUGCUUCCCUCUGCUCUUCUCUGGAUAACCUCCCGUCCUGCAGCAGCCAAUCGGAUCCCCCCUGAUUGUGUUGACCAGGUAACAGAGGUACAAGGUUUUAAUGACUCACAGAAGGAGGAGUAUUUUAAGAAGAAAAUCAGUAUUAAGAACCUGGCCUUAAAAAUUAUAAGUCAAAUAAAGUCAUCAAGGAGUCUCCACAUCAUGUGUCACAUACCAGUCUUCUGCUGGAUCUCUGCUGAAGUUCUAGAGAGAAUCUUAAGCUCUUCUAAGAGGGGACAGUUGCCAAAAACCUUGACUGUGAUGUACUUACACUUUGUGAUAUUUCAGAACAAACAGAUGAAUGAGAAGUAUCAGAGAAAAGAGGAGACAGAUGCACUCUUGGACGAAGAGAGCAUCAUGGCCCUGGGAAAACUCGCAUUCCAACAGCUGGAGAAAGGCAACCUGAUCUUCUAUGAAGAGGACCUGAAGGAGAGUGGAAUUGAUGUCAAUGAAGCAUCAGUGUAUUCAGGAGUGUGCACACAGAUCUUCAAAGAGGAAUGUGGGCUCAACCAGCACAAGUUGUACUGUUUUGUUCAUCUGACCAUCCAAGAGUUUCUGGCUGCUUUAUAUGUGUUUCUCACAUUUAUCAACAAGAAUAUAAACCUACUGGAUGAACCAACACUUAAAGGAAAACCAGAAAUCAGCCUCUUCAAGUGUGCUGUGGACCGUUCCUUACGGAGUGUUAAUGGACACCUGGAUCUUUUCCUCCGAUUCCUUCUGGGUUUGUCACUGGAGGCCAAUCAGUCUCUCAUACGACGCCAUCUGACACAGACAGGAAGCAACUCACAGACCAAUAAAGAAACAGCUGAGUACAUCAAAGAGAAGCUCAAUGAGAAUCCCCCUCCAGAGAGAUGCAUCAAUCUGUUUCACUGUCUGAAUGAGCUUAAUGAGGGUUCUCUAGUGAAGGAGAUUCAAAGUCAUGUGAAGUCAAAAAGGCACACCAGAAUACCAUUCUCAGAUUCAGAGUGGUCAGCUUUGGUGUUUGUUUUGAUGACUUCAGAAAAGGAGCUGGAUGUGUUUGAUCUGAAGAAAUACUACAAAUCAGAGGAAUGUCUCCGUGGGCUUCUACCAGUGGUCAAAGCCUCUAGAACAGCCCUGCUGAAUGGAUGCAACCUGUCAGAGAGAUCCUGUGAAUCAUUGGCCACUGUUCUUAGUGUAACUACCUCCUGUCUGAGAGAGCUGGACUUGAGUAUCAAUGACCUGCAGGAUUCAGGAUUAAUGUUUCUCUCUGCUGGACUGUCAAGCCCUCAAUGUAAGCUGGAGACACUGAGACUAAACCAAUGCAGAUUAACAAAAUCAUCAUGUGAAGCGUUGGCCUCAGCUCUCAGCUCAACCUCCUCUCACCUAAGAGAACUGGACUUGAGUAACAAUGACCUGCAGGAUUCAGGAGUUAAGCAGCUCUCUGCUGGGCUGAAGAGUCCACACUGUAAAUUGGAGACACUCAGGCUAUCUGGCUGUCUGAUCACAGGGGUAGGCUGUGGUGUUCUGGCUUCAGCUCUGAGCUUAAAUCUCUCCCAGCUGAGAGAGCUGGAUCUGAGCUACAAUCACCCUGGAGACUCAGGAGUGAAGCUGCUCUCUGCUGGACUGGAAGAUCCACAUUGGAGACUGGAGAAACUUGGAAUGGACCCUUCUGGAGAGUGUUGGUUAAAACCAGGACUGAAGAAAUAUGCCUGUAAGCUGACGCUGGAUCCAAAUACAGCACACAGACAUCUGUCUCUGUCUGAGGAGAACAGGAAGGUGGCAUGGGUUGGAGUGGAUCAGCAGUCUCCUGAUCACCCUGACAGAUUUGUGGACCAUGAACAGGUGUUGUGUAAAGAGGGUCUGACUGGCCGUUCUUACUGGGAGGUAGAGUUCAGCGGGAAUGGGGCUCAUAUAGGAGUGACCUAUAAAAGCAUCAUGAGGAAAGAAGAUUCAUACGGUCUCAUUUUUAAUGACAGUCGGAUUGGACACAGCAGCGCAACAUCCUACAGUCUGGACUGCUCAUAUCAGAAGUUCUGUGUCUGGCACAGAAAUGAUGUCACCAACCUACCUGUCCCCUCCUCUCUGUCAAACAGAGUAGGAGUAUAUCUGGACUGCCCGGCCGGCACUCUGUCCUUCUACAGCGUCUCCUCUGACACACUGACCCACCUGCACACGUUUCACUUCACCUUCUCUGAGCCCCUUUACCCUGGUUUUGAGACUUUUGGCUCUGUGUCUCUGUGUCAGGUGGAAUAGCGUGGUGUGAAGGUGGUGUGCUACUGUUUAUUUUUUAUUCAUACCUUUGAUUUUAUCCAUCCAUUUUCCCAUUCCAUGGGAAGUUUACAUGCAGUAGGAUGCUGCAUUCCCUCUCCCAGUAGGCGUUCGUAAAAUAUGGUGGAGGCUCGUCCGGGAUUAUAAAUCCACAGUACCCCGCUGGUCUGGGCUCUCUGUGGUUAGGUGAUUAAGGCGUGGUGGAAAGCAUUGUGAGUUUGGGUGACUUGUAUAGCUGUAUAGUUACUUGUUUGUGUUCAGUAGUUUGCUGUCUACAAAAUGUCUGCCCCUGCUGUCUCCAUGUUCAUUGAAGCGCCCUCGGUUGAUUGGUUGGUAGGUCUGCAGAAGGUAGACCUUUACGCCAUAGCUGACCAUUAUCAGCUCCCCGCCCCUAAGCAGGCCCUUAAAGCUGAGCUUUUAGUGCUAGUCAGGGAGGGUUUAGUGGAAAGGCGAAUCGUGUCUUUGAAUGAUGAGUAGUGUGAAGCCUCAGGAGUAUGUGAGAAUGCUAUACAUUGACUUCAUAGUUCAGCAUUCAACACGGUCAUCCCCUCUAGGCUGGUCAACAAACUCCAUGACCUGGGGAUCAGCCCCUCUAUCUGCAACUGAACUCUGGACUUCCAAACCAACAGACCCCAGUCUGUCAGGUUAGACAACUUCCCCUCCUCCACCCUGAUCCUGAACACUGGUGUUCCACAAGGCUGUGUGCUGAGCCCCCUCCACCCUGAUCCUGCGGGCUGUUCCCUAGGUCAUGGAGUUUGUCUGAGGAGCCUGUUCCCCAGAUCAUGGAGUUUGUCUGAGGAGGCUGCCUACUUUGCAGGAUCCUUGUGAACCGCUGCACAGUUGAGAGCAUUCUGAUUAACUGCGCCACAGUUAGAUAAUCAGUGCAGAUUAUUGUGUCUUACUGUACAUGCAUGCUGCCUCUGUUUUGGGGGUGUGUGAGCUCUAAAGGCACAGGGAAUCUUGUGAAAAUUGAUGGCAAGAUGUCAUCAAGCCACUC